GGACCGUAAUGGCCCCUAGUGUGUGUGUGUGUGUGUGUGUGUCUGUGUGUGUGAGUGUGAGAGGGAGAGAAAGAGAGAGAGUGAGAGAGAAAGAGAGAGAGUGGACAGUAAGCAGUGUGCCGUCUGUCUCUCAGAUUGUCUGCGCCUUUCUCCUGCAGUGAUGGCCAAGUUCAAACUAAGUCAAUGUGUCUGCAUACAAGUCAGUGUGGCCAUAGUAACUCUGCUGCCCAUUUGCAUAACAGUAGUGAGGUAUGGACAACUGGAGCAAAGAGAAAAACGAAGCAUUCUAGCAUCAACAGAAAUUCCGGUAGAACACAUUGACCCUGCCUCCAUAGACCUUACUCCAUUAGUAAACACACUCAUCAGUGCUGCACACAAAGGUUCCCAGCAUCUGUUCUCUGUUCUGAGUGUCACGUCACACAGCUCUCUUGCGCUGCACAAACUCACCCUGCUGGUCUAUAACAUUUCUGAUUUUCAGGACAUUGAGAGCAGUUUGUUUCCCAUGAGAUACUGCUACUGUGUGACAAACAAAACCAAUGACCUCACAGAUUUUACAGCUAUCCUGUUGGAUGUGAUGGGAAACUCGAGUAGUUACUUACAGGAGCUGUUCAAAUCCAGCUCUAUCCUCUCAGUUAGCCAAAGGAACAGCUCAGACUGCAUCUACAUCUGUGUAAUGGCUGGAAAAACAGACAGAGAUCUGUCGCAGCUGUGGGAUUCUGUUCCUCCACUCUUCAACCACACCAUUAUAGAGGACACACACAUAGGUUCCCCCAACUCUUCUACCCUAUCCCCUGUUGUUUCUAUAGCAACACAACCCUCAGUUGUCACCAUGACAACUACACCCAUUUUUGUUUCCACUGAAACUGAACAUUCUGAUGUUGCUUUGAGAACUGUGGAUACCAGCGGCCCCGUGUCAACUGUGCAAAGUACCUCCGAAACCAUACCAAGCACUGUUCCCAGAACACCUGUGCCUUCUAGUGUUAGCAUGGGUACAUCAGAUUCUGUUCCCAUGACAACUGAUCUAACGCCUGCUUUGAUAACAGCCAGACUCAAUGAAGUACCCACAGUAACUACAGCUGUUUCCAAGACAACCACUGAAACUAGCGUGGCCAUAUCGACUGAACCACCAACCACACCACUGUUCAGUACUGUUACUGGACGACCUACGCAGGCUUUUGUUUCUAGGACAACAAUAUCCUCUGCUAUUUUAGCAAUAAAACCAGCCAUUACUGUACCGAUGACAACUCGGCCUACUACUGAUACCACGACAACCAGUCCAGCUGCCACCAAAGGUCUGCUAACAGACAAACCAGGUUGCCCAUGGAGAUCAGAGCUUUUCUAUAGAGGAAGUCAGAGAGAGGACCUUAAGGAAACUCUGAAUGAGGACCUGAGUGGAGACAGUCCAACGGUCAGCGCGAUAAAGCUGCAGCCAUGUGUGUUCGAGCUGUGCAAGUUUUUCUCCCAGUGCCUCUGCAGAGGGUACAGCCACAAAACCUCUCUGCAGAGCUAUUGUAUAGACAGCCACUUCUGGUAUGAAAAGCACACAGUAGAGGUCUGCAGUCGCAUGAGAAGAGUCGCCUUCUCCAGGAAUCUGAAGCAGAAGUGCCUGGCAAGGAUGUGUGUGAAGAUGUGAGAAGAGUGUGAUCCUGCCAGACUGUUACUGAGCAGCACACCAAAAUCCUGAACUUCCUCAGCUUUGCAAGAGAGCGAAAGACAUAAGAGAGAAAGAGAGUGAGAGAAAAAUGUCUUUUUCUCUUUUCUGUAUGUUUGUUGAGACCAUUUUACUGACCUUUUUCUUUCUCUUGAUUAUGAAUAAAAGUUCACAGUGAAAUGUAUUCAGCAAAAACUAUAUAGCUUCAGCUAUACAUCGCAGUACACUCACCUUUCAUAGAUAACAUAGUCCUUUAUUUUACCCACACCGGGGAAAUUCACAGUUCUACAGCAGCAAAGGUAUCCCUUGCAAAGCACACAAGAAAGGGAGUAACAAGAAGAGAAUUAACAAACAAGUAAUUAACCUUAAAACGUUUACAGUCUGUUACUUGUUAUUAAUAUUAUAGACAUAUAUAAUAUAAUAAUAAAGGUAAA